AGAGCAGCCAUAUUGACAACUUCACUCGAAAGAACCAAUCCCGUUCGACCAGAUCAUUAUUUAGCUGAACGGAAUCAGCGUUAACUGCAUUUACGGAUUGAAGCCCAAUUUCCGCGUAGGUUUUCCUUCAUUCAACUACAAAUAGUGUACUCAUAACAAGUGAUAACCGGCAAGCCGGUAAGGAAAAAUACAUUCUUCCCGUCGUCGAGCGUAGGAACGCACAGAAAAGACUGAUUAGAACUAGCAUACACAAGUAGGAAGAAAAAGAAUGGGUACGUCAUCACUGUGGAUUGCCAUUGGUUUGGUGGUUUGUUUGAUCGAUUCCGGUUUGACCCUCUAUUCAUCGGGUGACGAUGUGAUUGCUUUGACCGAAAGCAACUUCGACCGGAAUGUAAUCCGGAGUGACGAAGUGUGGGUGGUGGAAUUUUACGCUCCGUUCUGUGGACACUGUCGGAAUCUGGUGCCGGAAUACAAGAAAGCAGCCACUGCUUUGAAGGGAAUAAUUAAGGUCGGUGGCAUAAACUGCGAAGAAGAACGGGGUCUGUGCGGUCAGCAUGGAGUCCAAGGGUAUCCUACCAUUAAAAUUUUCGGUGCCAACAAGCGAUCCCCGGUCGACUAUAACGGACAGCGAACGGCCAAGGAUAUCGCGGAGGCAGCGCUAGCGGAAGCAAAGAAGAAAAUCAAGAACGUUCUUGGAGGUGGUUCCAGUGGAUCGUCGUCUGACAGUUCGGGCAGUUCCGAUUCCAAAGAUGUGAUUGAAUUGACCGAUUCGAAUUUCGAUAAACUGGUUUUGAACAGUGACGACGUAUGGUUGGUUGAGUUUUUUGCACCCUGGUGUGGACAUUGCAAGAAUCUAGCUCCUCAUUGGGCGAAAGCCGCUACCGAACUAAAGGGAAAAGUGAAGCUGGGAGCUCUGGAUGCUACUGUCCACACAAUCAAAGCGCAACAGUACGGCGUGCAGGGAUAUCCAACGAUUAAAUUCUUCCCCGGAGGUUUGAAGGAUCGCGAUGCGGCACAAGAAUACGACGGAGGUCGAACUGCUUCCGACAUCGUAAACUGGGCGAUGGAGAAGUACACUGAAAACAUCCCGGCUCCGGAGAUUGUGCAGUUGACUUCGGAACAAGUCUCGAAGGAGACAUGCCAAGAUAAACCGCUCUGCGUCAUCUCGGUUCUACCGCACAUCUUGGACUGUGAUGCUGCCUGUCGAAACAACUACAUCGCCAUUCUCAGUAAAAUGGGCGAAAAGUAUAAGAAGAAACACUGGGGAUGGCUGUGGAGUGAAGGCGGUGCUCAGCCGGAAAUAGAAAACACCCUAGACAUCGGAGGAUUCGGCUAUCCGGCAAUGGCUGUUGUUAAUAUUAAGAAAAUGAAAUACUCGCUUCUGCGGGGAUCAUUCUCCGAAGAGGGAAUCAACGAGUUUUUGCGAGAUCUCUCGUUUGGCCGAGGACACACCGCUCCGGUGAAAGGUGCUGAACUGCCCAAAAUUCAUACCAUCGACGCUUGGGACGGAAAAGAUGGUCAACUGCCAGAGGAAGAAGACAUCGAUCUGUCCGAUGUGGAACUCGACGAGAAGGAUGAAUUGUAAAAGUGGUAAUCGUAAUUACAAACUUAGAUUUAUAAGGUUAGUGCUUAAUAACGUACUUGUCACUGAUGUCUAAUAAAGCAUUUGAUUCAAUAAAAAUAAGCUAAAAUAAUACA